ACUCUCCAAGGGGAAGUUGCCUCGCGAGCAGGCCGCCUGCCACAGGGACUGUCUGUGGUCGGGGGGUCGAGCCCGCACACUUAAAGGGGAGGCCAAACCCCAGAAGCCACCCACCCCCCGCUGCACUUUGUGCGAGGAGGGAUUUAAAUCUAGGGGCCCCAACCCCGCAGGGGUGAUGUGAGGCCUGAUUAAAGGGGAGGCCCUGUGCGAGAAGCCUAUCCUUAAAGGGGAGGUCCUUGGAAAGAGGGUUGUAGCCUCGCUUGUUUCAGCAGCAAGUUAAUCUGAAUUAAAGGGGAGGUGCACCUCGGCCCGCCCCAGGCUUGGAGUUUAUGUCAAGGGACAUUAAACCUUUAUUAUUUGAAAGGCCUGCCUUAAAGGGGAGGACGCACAGAGCAGCCGCUGUGGCGUUCUGAAGGGGAGGCCCCCCAAAGAAACUGCCACAGGGAGUUCGUGUUGGGGGGCCCGAAAUCGGAUUUCAAAGGGGAAGAUUGCCAGCGUGUGUCAAAAUCCCCCUUAAAGGGGAGGUUGCCAGCAAGUGUUUAAAGGGGAGGACGAAGACACACCCCCUCCACUUCCUGGGGGAGCACCUCCCCCCUCCGGUUCUCCACCAAUCAGCGCCCAGAGGAGAGGACCCAGUUCAGAACGGCUGCCAUGCAGCAGGCUGGAGAGGGGUGAAGGGCGUCGCAGGAAGAGGCUUGGCCGGGGGCAGCAUGGAAGCAGCGGCAGCUCCUGCCCCCUGCUGGAGCGGGGGAGGUGGCAGGGCCCGGAGGCUGCGUCGCUGCUCGCGGCGGGACCGCGAGAGCCGCCGGAGCCAACGUCGGGGGGGACGUCCAGGGGAGCCCGCCCACCGGGGCAUCCUCUCCUCCUCCUCAGACUCGGAGAGCGAAGGUCCCGCCCCGCCGGCCCCUGUGGCGCCCGGUAAGCCCCGGCGCCGGCCCUUGCGCCGGAGGACGAGGCCAUCAGGCUCCUCCUGCAGCCAUGAGGAGGAGGAGGAGGAGGAAGAGGAUCUGAUUGACGGCUUCGCCAUUGCUAGUUUCAUCAGUCUGGAGGCACUGGAGAAGGACACGACACUGAGGACCCCCGAGCGGCUAGAGCAUCGGCUGAAGCACUCGGGGAAGCGGAAGCGGGACGAGGGGAGCGGCUCAGAGGAGGAGGAGGGCCGUGAUGAGAGCUCAGAGAAGGGGUGUGGGCGGCAUGCGGGGGAGCGGGCGCUGAGGAGACGCAGCAAGAGGAGGAGGAAAGAGGCCUCCCUCCGCUCCUACUUGGAAACAGGAUACAUAUGCGACAUGGAGAGUGACCCAGGGGAGCAGGCCUCCAAUGAUGACCUGGAUCAAUCGUUCACUGUUUCAACCAACAAAGCCUCGGGCCCAGUUGGUGCCGUGAACGGGAGCUGUGCAGCCAAACUCUCUGUGAUCCCCAAGGUCUCAGGGCUGGAGCGGAGCCAGGAGCGGAGCCACGAGACCGACGGGGACCCCCUGCUAGUGCCUUUCCUGCCCAAGGACCCCCUUUCUCAGGCAGCCCCAGCCCUCCCUGUGGCCCCGGCCCGGCCCCCUACUCCUCCAGCCCCGCCGCCCUCCCGGACACCCAACCCGGCUGCUGCCCGCACCACGCCCCAGCCCCGGGGCCAGCCGCCGGCGCCGCAGGGGGGCCAGGCACCCCACGGCCUGCCCCAGCCCAGUGUGCAUGGGAAGGGAGCGCCCUUCGCCAGCCCCACGCCGCCGGGGCCCUAUGGAGCAGGGCUGGACCUCAGCAUCGCCGGGUGCAGCCGGAGCAGCGCACACGCCAAGCCCCUGCUGCCCCCGUGCUCCUCCUCCUCGCAGCUUCCUCCCCGCCCCUCCACCCCCUCGCUGGCCCUGCCCCCCCAUGCCUUCCCUUCCACCCUGCGCCCCCCCACCCACCAUCACCCACCCCUCUUCCCCCCCUCUCCGGGCCUGCCCCCACCACCCCCUCUGCUCCAGGUCGCCGGGCACCCGGCCGCAGCCGCAGCCUUAACCGAACAAGAGCUGAUCCGGCAGGGCCUGAGCUCGCGGUUCCUGACGGCGCAGGGCGGGGCCGACAUGGGGGCAGCCGCCAUCCGCCCGCUGGCCUUCCAGUUCCACCAGCACAACCACCAGCACCAGCACACCCACCAGCACACGCACCAGCACUUCACCCCCUUCCCGCCGGGCAUGAUGCCCGCCCCCGCCAUGUUUGAGAAAUACCCAGGCAAGAUUGAUGGGCUUCUGAGGCAUAAUUUCUAUGCCACGUUCCCUCCCGUGUCUGGGAUCCAACCUGUCCUGCCCCCUGCUGUUUCCUUUGGCUCCCUGCAGGGGGCUUUUCAGCCUAAGAGCACUAACCCAGAGCUGCCAUCGCGGCUGGGAGCUGUCGCCCCCUCUUUGUCCCAGAAAGGGGGUCAGCUCACGGACCAUUUCAGACCCUCCCUGAGGAAGCCUGGCAAAUGGUGCUCCAUGCACGUCCGCGUGGCCUACAUGAUCCUGCGGCACCAGGAGAAGAUGAAGCUGAUGCAGGGUGAUCCCCACAAGCUGGAUUUCCGGAACGACUUGAUCACCUGCCUUCCUGGCACAGGGACCUUUGGAAGCCUCGCUCAUGGCCAAGAGCUCACGCGCCCAGCCACGCUUUUUACCCCCGCAGGCGCCGUCCAGGCAAGUUCUGGUGCCUCCUUUGGGCCUCCCAGCGCGCCACAUAGCUCUUUCCUGGGCCCCAGCGCACACAUUGAUCCCUUCAGCCGCCCCACCAGCUUCCCCAUGGCGCUCUCCAACGGGGCCUUUGGGGGCCUGGGGAACCCCGCCUUCAACUCCAGCUCCAUGUUCGGGCAGAAGGACAGCCCCGGGGCCCAGGCCUACGGCAGCCCCCACGACCCAUGGAACCGGCUGCACCGCACGCCCCCCUCCUUCCCCACUGCCCCCGCCUGGCCCAAAGGGGGUGCCGGUGAUGCAGCUGAGCGCGGGCCGGCCCAGCACGACAAGGAGCCGGACAAGCGGGAGGUGCCUGCCAUAAAGGACGAGAAGGACAGGGACACCCUCUUCUCCAGGCCCCCCCCUCGUGCCUCGCCAGCGCCCCUCCCCACUAAGCACCCCGCCUCCCUGGGGCUGGAAGACGGCCCCCUGCGGGCACACAGCGAGCCAGGCCGGGAGCAGCGUUACGGCAGCCCGGUGGGGGGCCGGGCCUCACGUUCACCCUACCCUGACCCUGUCCUCAAGAAGGAAGUGAAGGUGAAGGAGGAGCCGGAGCUGGGUGUCCUGGAGGGGGCACUACGGGCGGGCGGGCCCUUUCCCGGGGCUCUGCAUGUCCCCCACUCGCUGGGGCCGCUGGCCGUCUUCGAGCGGCCACCGUACCUGGUGGCUGGGCCGGCCCCUGGAUCCCCCUAUGCCACCCUCGAGGCCUGGCGGGAGCCCUACGCCCUGCCCCGCUACCUGGAGCGUGAGCUGCCCGAGGACUACGAGCGCGCCCGGCUCUAUGGGCUGGGGCCGCACCCCCCGGGGCUGCUGGCCUACCCCCGCCAUGCCGCGCUGCUGGCCAAAGCCCCAACCCCAGAGGGGUUGCUUGGUGCCCCUCCGCCCCUCAUCCCUGCCGUGCCCGGCGCCCGGCCCAGUUCCCCCCGCCGUGCCCCGGACCUCCGAGAGCUCACCACCGCCUACAAGGACCGGGACUCCAGAUAAUGAUGCCCGUGGGUCCCACGCCCUGGCAUCAGAGAUGGCAUCCCCUCCCCACACUGGGCUGGCUAGGAUCCCCCCACCCUGCCAUUAGGGGCAGCGUUCUCCCCCGCCCACCCCAGCAUCAGGGGCAGUAUAUCCUCCCCACACCAGGCCAGUCGGCAUCCCUCCCACCUGGCAUCAGCACUGGUAUCCACUCCCCUCACCGUGGCAUCAGGUGCAGCAUCCCCUCCCCCAUCCCUUGGCCUGGCCAGGAUCAGGGGUGAGAACGCUGAGGAACCUCCCCACACGCACCCCCCACCCUGGCCGCUACACAGACACAAGCUCAGAAGGGGGGGGGCAGGACAGUGGGGUUCAGGGUGUGGCUGUGCCUCCCCAUCUCCCCCUGGCCUGGCUGGGUCCAGGUGAAGGAGGGUUGGCAUUGGGUGCCCUAUGCUGUCCCAUGGAGAGGGCUUGGGGGAGAAAGACCAGCUGUCGGGGUGUUCUCUACUGGCCUGGGGGGUUUAGGUCUGGGUUGUUGGGAUCACCCCAGGGCGGGUGGGGGUUAAAGGGCAAUCUCCCCAAGCUCAUGGGGUUUCGGGGCAGGAGUCUGGGCUUCAAGUUCCCCAAAUCUCCCCGUAAGUGGGGAUUUCGGGGGGUGUCUUGCUUUGCUCCCCUGUGGACUGGGGGGCAGGAGUGGAGCUGGGGCCCCCAGCCUAGUGUAAAUAGGUCCCUGCUCCCUCAGGUGAGCUGGGUUUUGUACAUUUAUACCAGGUUUGAGGUGGUGAUUUUAAAGGAUCCCCCCGCCCCUCUUCUCUCCCCUCAUUUUUAAUGUACCGCGCUUUUUCUAUUCCUGUAUCGACGUUGUGACGCUCCCCUCCCUCUCCCCACUGGACCUGAUCGGAAAGGGGUAACACGGCUGCAGGGGAAGGGUAUUGGAGACCCCCCCUGCCCCUUGCAUUGGACACUGCCGGUUCCUCUUUGCCUCCCCCCCCCAACCCCUACCUCCCAGUUUAAUUAAACCCCAGAUUGGUGCUUCUGGAUA